AUGCUUAAUGCUACUUCAGUAUCUUUAGCCAAUGAUCUGAAAGAAAAUAUAAAGUCUUUGGCAACACAGUUUGCAGAAGCUGCAUAUAUUGCCAGUGCAAGGAGGGUGUACAGAACAACAACCCACGUACCAUGGGAAUUAGGACAGAUUAUGGAUUCGGAAACAUUUGAGAAAUCUCGUCUGUAUCAAUUGGAUAAAAGUACUUUUAGUUUUUGGUCAGGCCUGUAUUCGGAGGUGGAAGGCACUUUGAUUCUCCUCUGUGGAGGCAUUCCUUUCCUUUGGAAUGUGUCUGAAAAAAUCUCUGCUCGUGCUGGGUUUGGACCUGAAUAUGAGAUUGUUCAGUCAUUGGUGUUUUUGCUGCUUGCUACGCUCUUCAGUGCAGUGACGGGCCUACCAUGGAGUCUGUAUAAUACAUUCGUUAUAGAGGAGAAACAUGGCUUCAAUCAGCAGACACUGGGAUUUUUUUUUAAGGAUGCCAUCAAGAAGUUUGUUGUGACACAGUGUAUUCUAUUACCGGUGACAUCUCUUCUGCUUUACAUUAUUAAAAUAGGGGGAGACUACUUCUUCAUUUAUGCCUGGCUUUUCACAUUGGUUGUUUCUUUGGUCCUUGUUACAAUCUAUGCGGACUACAUUGCCCCUUUGUUUGAUAAGUUCAUUCCACUUCCUGAGGGAGAACUCAAACAAGAAAUUGAAGUCAUGGCAAAGAGUAUUGACUUCCCUUUGACUAAGGUCUAUGUUGUAGAAGGGUCCAAGCGCUCUUCCCAUAGCAAUGCUUAUUUUUAUGGCUUCUUCAAGAAUAAGCGGAUAGUGCUGUUUGACACCCUCCUAGAAGAUUACUCUGCACUGAACAAAGAACCAUCAGAAGGAAGUGAAGAAGCUGAAGAUGAAGAGACAAAGUCCAAAGUUAAAAAUAAGAAGCAAGGUUGUAAAAAUGAAGAGGUUUUGGCUGUGCUUGGCCAUGAACUGGGUCACUGGAAGCUAGGUCACACCAUCAAAAAUAUUGUCAUCAGCCAGAUGAACUCGUUUCUCUGUUUCUUCUUGUUUGCUGUAUUAAUUGGACGGAAGGAACUCUUUGCUGCAUUUGGUUUCUAUGAGACCCAACCUACCCUGAUCGGCCUGAUGAUUAUCUUCCAGUUCAUUUUUUCACCUUAUAAUGAGGUUCUCUCCUUCUGUUUGACUGUACUAAGCCGCCGAUUUGAAUUUCAAGCUGAUGCAUUUGCCAAGGAGCUUGGGAAGGCUGAAGACCUGUAUUCUGCUUUGAUCAAACUGAACAAAGAUAAUUUGGGAUUCCCUGUUUCUGACUGGAUAUUUUCAAUGUGGCAUUAUUCCCAUCCUCCUCUGUUAGAAAGACUUCAAGCCUUGAAGGACUCAAAGCAAGACUGACUGGAAUCAUGAUUGGUUCAGAGACGGUGCUUCCAGCUCAGAAACAAAAUUCAGAGCUGCUUGGGGUUUGUUUGGGUUUUUUUAUUAGUAUUUUUUCCAGUUUAAGUGCACCAUUACCAGUAGUACCAUGUCCUUGUCUUGAAUGCAGUUACUUCCUGAAAUGGCUAUUAAAUUUAAGUGAAUUUUAAAAGAAAGUAAUCUGUGGGUCUGAAUUUGGAGAAUGGACUUAUCUGAAGGCCUUUCUCCACUAAAUGUGAUCUUUGGAUUGUAGAGCAGACUGGGGAAAGUAACACUCAUUGCUCCUGAAGUGCCCACCUCUUCAGAUUGUGCAAAGCUUGAAUGUGGCUUUUGAUCCUUUCAGAGUUUCUUUUGUAAACCCAGCUGUAGCUUUCCUCCCAAGUCAAUGUGAACAGCGGUGCCUCAGUCCUGUACUAGUUAUUGUCAGAGAAGAUGAAUUGGGCGAUUUAACUUUUGUGAAAAUAGUUUAUCCUAGCCAAUCACUGUUCAAAUGUUUAAACAAGUGAGCAAGUUGGAAUGAAGAUGUGGGCUCUUUUCCCUGGAUUAAGAUCCGUGUCUUCAAUGGAUGAAAAUGCUACUUUCAGAGAUGUAAUAAAACUGCCUCCUUCCCUGAAUGGGAAAUUGGAAUGAAUUCCAGCUGCAAAAAUGCGUGAUCUUGUUCUCAAAAAAAUCAUCACUCGUGCACUGUAACCAGCAGUCCGGUAGCAGGGAUCUGAGUCGAGCUCCAAGGACUGCUCAUUCCCCUUCCUAGUCUGUGGACCAUUGAAGUGUUAAUAGAGAAGCACCAGUGGGAUCUAUAGAAGAGGAGCAGAGUGAGGGAAAGUUGCCAACUUCUUGCCCUUCCUUUACCUUUUGUAAAAAGCAACAGCAGCAACAGCUUUACAUUCAUUAGCCCUUGUAUUUCCUUCUCACACUCCCAUAAGUUCCUUAUCGGCUACACAAGUAAGACAUACAAGAGGGCAGUUCACCCAUUCCAGAGAAAAGGGAGUUAGAUGCAUGUGGGACCAAAUCUGGAAAAAAAGUGGCAGAGCUGCCUGCUGCUAGAGCAUCAGCAGAGAUCUGAAAAUGAUGGUUUAGAUGAGUGGCUGAAGGGGGUAUGUGUGAUGGAGGGACAGUUUCAGGAUGUGUAAAAGCCCAAUGUGGAUCUUUUUUGAGAGUUCUUGCUCCCCGCCCUGGUGGGACAUUGGACAAUGUAUUAUUUCUCAGUAUAGUUGUAUCAUGUAAAAGACAGCCAUGUUGCAAUAUCCAGAAUACACACUGUGGUAUUAUUUACUUCAGUUAAUUGGAUGUGCCUAACAUGGGUUUAAACGGGGUGAAGAAGAAUCAAGUGGCUAAUCCGGAAAUGACAUUGUACAAAGCAGUCACCUGUUUUUCCAAAUGAAAUGUUUGUGAAAUUGGGGAAUUCUCUUGCCACUUGUUGUAAUUUCUUUUUUCUAAUUUAAACUACUUGCUGAGAGAGAAAAGGGGGAAAUGUUUCCAAUUCAUUAAAAGCAGGACUUUUGUUUGAAGUUCCACAUGUGUAAAUCAAAACUGAACACCAUAAAUGCCCCAUAUAAAAGUAUUGUUUGUCUCUACCAGAUUCAGUAGAUGUGGUAACUAGGGAGCCUUGUUCGGCAUACUCUAAAAAGUACAAACAGCUCCAUGGUAAGUGAGAAAACUGACUUGAAGGAGCAAAUUGUGAUGCUGUUGUGUGCCUGAUCUCUAAGUUGGUUCUAGUUGCUGUUCUGCUAUAAAAAUAUAUAUGUGUGUGUUUUUGAAUGUGUCGUGCUUCUCUUCAGCACACAAUACAUUUAUUUUUUAAGCAAGGAAGUUAAACUAAGUUUAAGAACGGUGUGUGUUGUGAUUAAUAUGUUUUAACUUUU